AUAUACUCUUUGUAUAAUAUUCAUUUCAUGACGUGAUUGCUUUGGAACUGAAAUACAGAAAAUAAUUUUUGUUUUCAGCAAAUAGAUGUUGGAUUGACCAUCAAAUUGUUACAGGAGAUUUGUUUUUCAUUUAGCAAAGAAAGAUGUCCGGAGGUCAUAAACAUCGUUAUAAGAAUGUGGGUCUUAGUGCUGACGAGCUGCGUCGUCGCCGAGAAGAGGAAGGAGUGCAGCUGCGAAAGCAGAAACGAGAGCAACAACUAUUCAAAAGAAGAAAUGUAAAUCUACCUGCGCCAAAUGCUCCUGAUAUUGCUUUACAGGAUGAUAUCAACAUUUCAACCUCUGAUGACAUCACACCGCAAAUGGUGGCAGCACUGUAUAGUGACAACCAACAGGAACAAAUUGUAGCCACCCAGAAAUUCAGGAAGCUUCUAAGUCGUGAACCGAAUCCACCUAUAGAUGAAGUCAUACAGACUGGAAUUGUUCCUAAAUUUGUUGAAUUUUUAACUAAUAGUUCGAAUCCAACAUUGCAGUUCGAGGCGGCGUGGGCGUUGACGAAUAUAGCGUCGGGGACGUCGGAGCAGACGCGCGUGGUGGUGGAGAGCGGCGCGGUGGGCGCGCUGGUGGCGCUGGUGGGCGGCGGCGCGGGCGACGACGUGCGCGAGCAGGCCGUGUGGGCGCUCGGCAACGUCGCCGGCGACUCGCCGCGCUGCCGGGACGCCGUGCUCGCGGCUGGCGUGCUGCCGCCGCUCAUAGAGAUCUUAAACAAAUAUACAAGGUUAUCCAUGACAAGGAAUGCCGUGUGGACACUUUCAAACCUCUGUAGAGGUAAAAAUCCUCCCACGAACUUUGAAGCUGUAGCUCCAGGUAUCCCGGUGCUGGCGCGGCUGCUGCACCACACGGACGCGGACGUGCUGAGCGACGCGUGCUGGGCGCUCUCCUACCUCUCCGACGGCCCCAACGAGAAGAUACAAGCGGUCAUCGACGCCGGUGUCUGCAGGCGACUGGUUGAACUGCUCAUGCACAACAAGUCGACGGUGGUGUCGGCAGCGUUGCGCGCGGUGGGCAACAUAGUGACGGGGCACGACGCGCAGACGCAGGCGGUGCUGAACUGCCACCCGCUGGGCAGCCUGCACGCGCUGCUGCGCUCCAGCACGGAGCCGCUGCGCAAGGAGGCCUGCUGGACCCUCUCCAACAUCACCGCCGGCAACGCCGUGCAGAUACAGGCAGUAAUAGAUGCGAACAUUGUGCCGACGCUGAUCGAGAUCUUGAGGCAGGCGGAGUUCAAAACGAGGAAAGAGGCCGCGUGGGCGAUCACUAAUGCCACCAGCGGUGGUACCAGGGAACAAAUUAGGUAUUUAGUGGAACAAGGCUGCAUACCGCCUCUCUGUGAUUUGCUGACACUAACGGACCCGAAGACGGUGCAAGUGGCGCUCAACGGACUGGAUAAUAUACUGAAGGCGGGACAGCAGGCGGACCAGCUGAACCCAUACGCAACUCUCAUCGAAGAAUGCUUUGGUUUAGACAAAAUAGAAUUCCUUCAAUCCCACGAGAACCUGGACAUCUACCAGAAGUCGUUCGAGAUGAUAGAGAACUACUUCGGGUCGGAGGGCGAGGACGGCCGCGUGGCGCCCGUCUCCUCCUCCGACCAGUACCACUUCGCGCUGGCGCCCGACCUCGACCACGCAGACCACGCCGUGCCCGCCGUGCCCGCCGUGCCCGCCGCAGGCUUCCACUUCUAAUAUAUUGGCGCGGAUAGAUGCCCCCAUUCCGGUGAUAUAACCACGCCGGGAGUGAUUGUAGUGUAGGCAGGGCGGCGGCGGGCGGGGGACGUAGUGUCGGACGAGCCGGGCCGAGCCAGGCUGGGUCUAGACAUCAUUGUAGCCUAUUUAUCGCGUAUUUAUCGCUAAUUAACCUCGCCUCGUUACUUUUGCUUAUGUAGAUAAAGGCUAUACCCAUGUAUACGGUGAGAUUUUAUGUAACUAAGGUUUUUAUCAAAUAUCUUGGUGGUUUUAUUAGCGUUGUGAGACAUUGUAAGAACCUACAGAUACGCAGAAGCGUAGUGUAGAAUUUUUGACCCGCCAAGAUAUUUGAAUAUUACUAUACUUUGAUUACAAGUUACAACAAAAAAAAGAAAUUGAUUACUAUGUGUAUAAUGGUGCAGUAAAACUUAUUAAGUAAACAUAUCACAUAAAUUCCGUGGAUUUGUUUAUAUAUUAUGAAUUUUAGAAAUUUUUAUUUCAAA